CCAAUUAACAUUCUUGUUUCUCCUCCUUUCAGCGUUCCGAUCUUCAAAAACCUCCCGGAGGACACCCUGGGCAAGAUUUCCGACGUGCUGGAAGAGUGCUACUACCAGAAGGGCGACUACAUCAUCCGCCAGGGGGCACGUGGCGACACCUUCUUCAUCAUCUCCAAGGGUCAGGUGCGCGUGACGAUCCGACAGCCGGACACCCAGGAGGAAAAGUUCAUCCGCACCCUUGGCAAGGGCGACUUCUUCGGCGAGAAAGCACUGCAAGGGGAUGAUUUGCGAACGGCCAACAUUAUUUGCGACUCGCCCGAAGGAGUCACCUGUUUGGUCAUCGAUCGCGACACGUUCAACCAGCUGAUCUCCAAUCUGGAUGAAAUUAGGAACCGCUACAACGACGACGCCGUUAGUGAAAGGAAGAAGAUCUACGAGGAGUUCCGGGAUGUUCGACUAUCGGAUCUACGCGUGAUCGCCACGCUCGGCGUGGGAGGCUUUGGACGCGUUGAGUUGGUGCAGCUGGCCCAGGACAAGGCACGAUCGUUUGCCCUGAAGCAGAUGAAGAAGUCGCAGAUCGUCGAGACCCGUCAGCAGCAGCACAUCAUGUCCGAAAAGGAAAUCAUGAGCGAGGCCAACUCGGACUUCAUCGUGAAACUAUUCAAGACGUUCAAGGAUCGUAAGUAUCUGUAUAUGCUGAUGGAGAGCUGCCUUGGCGGUGAACUGUGGACCAUUCUGCGCGAUCGUGGACACUUCGACGAUGGAACGACACGGUUCUACACGGCCUGUGUAGUGGAGGCGUUCGAUUAUCUGCACUCGCGUAACAUCAUCUAUCGGGAUUUGAAACCGGAGAACCUUCUGUUGGACGUAUCUGGCUACGUGAAACUGGUCGAUUUCGGUUUCGCCAAGAAGCUUCAAUCAGGACGUAAAACCUGGACAUUCUGCGGAACGCCGGAGUACGUAGCACCGGAAGUGAUCCUCAACAGAGGUCAUGACAUCAGUGCGGACUAUUGGUCACUAGGCGUGUUAAUGUUUGAACUUUUAACCGGUACUCCUCCCUUCACCGGAGCCGAUCCAAUGCGCACCUAUAACAUCAUUCUAAAGGGAAUUGACGCUAUCGAGUUCCCCCGGAACAUCACCCGCAAUGCCAGUGCCCUCAUCAAGAAACUGUGCCGCGACAAUCCAACGGAACGAUUGGGAUACCAACGAGGUGGCAUUAGCGAAAUUCAAAAACAUAAAUGGUUCGAUGGAUUCUACUGGGAAGGUCUACGGAAUCGCAGCCUGCCCCCGCCGAUUCUGCCCAAGGUACAGAGCGUAGUCGAUACCGCCAACUUCGACGAUUACCCAGCCGACCCGGACGGUCCGCCACCAGAUGAUCUUUCCGGAUGGGACGAAGACUUCUAGAUUAUCGGGCCCCUAUUCUUCAACUCCUUUCAUUCUUCAUGUUUCUUCGUUAGGACAGAUCAAAUUCGGCUUGCCCUCUUUCAUCAACCAAACCCCGAAAAAAAAAAAAAAGAAACCAAGACCGAGACAAGCCUUAUUAUGUGACUAUGUUAGUAGAUUUUAGCACAUUCGUUCGUAUGCUAGUAUGUGGAAUUUGUCGUGUUGAUUCGAAUAUUACCAUCAAGCCCAACAACUAUAGUAGAUGUAUGUACUACGACCUGCAACCACAACGGUAGGAAAGAUUCUUCGAGCCAUAAAUUCAAAUUGUGUACACGUGCAAAAUGUGCGGAGGGAAAUGUUCUGCUUAUAGAAGUAACCCAGCUGAUUGACAACGAAAACGAUUGGAGGUUGCGUGAGAGAUAGAUUACUGGAAUGUGUCUUCCUAAUCAUAAUUUAACCUGUAAACCAUUUUUAUAAGAACUAUUUAUCCUUCUGAAAAGAAAAAGAGAACAUUUAUCCGUGCUAUAUUUUUAAUGUGUUAAACUUCCAAUUUUUGAAAAUAAAUAAAACCAGAGCCUUUCGCGCACAAAAUAUCUAACAUCCGACAAUAAACAUACAAACAGCGAUAGCGCGCUGCUCAAUCGUAGCUAUUCGUUUGACCUUUAUGUCAUACAAUACUUCUCUUGCCUUAUGUAAAACGUUGAUUUCUUCUUGUCUUUUCCAUUGUUAUAAAGUAAUUUGAUUUCUGUUUUUGUAUAAAAUGUACAUAAAACCCAUUUUUAUUAGAGUCAAACUGGAACGAAUCAAAGAAAACAAGUGGAUGGCCGAAUACAAUUUAUUAACUUUUAUUGUUUUAUUUGUUUUUCAAAUUCUGAUUAUAAAUCAGAGAUGUCAAGAUGGUAACAAUUAAAACACACCAACACUUAAA